AAUGCCUACUUCCGGAAGGCGUUCUUCACGCCUCUGCAUCUCAUCCACGCCGUUUGCGCUGCCGUCGGUUAACGAUCCUUCACCAAAGUGUCUCCUCCGUUGAUGUGAUCGUUUGUUCGUCUUGGCAUUUCCUCAUCUGAAAUUAUUUAUAAUUUUUUAAAGAAUUCAACUUUUGGCUUCACACGGGCAUCUCCAGUGUAAUGCUGCGAGGAGAGAAGACAUCUUCACCACGUAAACAAAGAUCGCCAUCAAGCUGACGACGUCACUCAUAUUGUUAUCAAGCUGACGUCAUCAUCCAGCAGAAAGAUUUUAAUGGGCUGUUACAAAUCUCAUAAAUACAGUUAACUGAUCUAAUCCCAUAAACUCAUUGUGGAUUCGGCACUCACCACACCCACACAGAUCCCCAGAAAAACAUGAGCUCACACAAGAGACCUAUCCGGGCUCGGCCCGAUUCUGACACCAGUUCCUCCGUGGCCCGUGACCCGACCGCGGCAGCUGCAGAAGAGAGCUCCGGUCUCCUGACCAAGCUGAUGGAGCUUCCCAUAUCCCGUCUGUCCCGGCAGCAGCUGAAGCGGCUGGAGGAUCAUCAGUACAGCAGUGAGGGACGCUCCCUCAUGGAGCCCUUCAUGCAGGGAUACUGGUGCUGGCUGGUGAGCAAAGUGCCUCUCUGGAUGGCUCCGAACCUCAUCACUAUAGUGGGACUCGCUACCAAUAUUGUCAGCACUCUGAUACUGGUAUACUACUGCCCUACUGCCACCGAACAGGCACCAACGUGGGCAUACUUAGCCUGUGCUUUGGGUCUGUUCAUCUACCAAUCCUUGGAUGCCAUAGAUGGGAAACAGGCACGACGAACCAAUAGCAGCACACCACUUGGCGAGCUGUUUGAUCACGGCUGUGACUCCCUUUCUACAGUGUUUGUGAUCCUGGGCACAUGUAUAGCAGUUCAGAUGGGUACUCACCCUGACUGGAUGUUUUUCUGUUGUUUUGUGGGCAUGUUCAUGUUUUAUUGUGCCCACUGGCAGACGUACGUUUCUGGAACACUGCGCUUUGGCAUAAUUGAUGUGACUGAGGUACAAAUCUUCAUUAUAAUCAUAUACUUACUGGCUGCCAUUGGAGGAACAGCUUUUUGGAAAUCUGUGAUCCCUGUGAUAAAUAUCCAGGCUAAAAUAAUACCGGCUCUUUUCACUCUUCUGGGUGCCAUUUUCUCCUGCACAAACUACUUCCGGGUUAUUUUCACAGGCGGAAUGGGCAAAAAUGGAUCCACUAUUGCGGGAACAAGCGUUUUGUCUCCAUCGUUUCAUAUAGGAGUGGUCAUCACACUUGCUCUAAUGAUCUAUAAGAAGUCAUCUGUGCAGCUCUUUGAGAGACAUCCCUGUCUGUACAUCUUAGCGUUUGGGUGUGUUUCAGCCAAACUCACCAACAGACUGGUGGUUGCUCAUAUGACGAAAAGUGAAAUGCAGCGUAAUGAUCUGGCCUUCACCGGACCAGCGCUGCUGUUUUUGAAUCAAUACUUCAACAGUUUCAUUAAUGAGUACUGUCUUCUGUGGGUCGCUCUGGUGCUGUCAGCGUUUGAUCUGGUGCGGUACUGUGUGAGUGUCUGUAACCAGAUCGCCACACACUUAAACAUCCGUGUCUUCAGCAUCCAGCCUCCAUCUCCAUCCAGAGUUCAGGCAGACAGCAAAAAUCACCAUUAACCCCCGUUCCUCAAACAUCUCCAGUAGGUCACGCACUUCAGUGAAUGUAAAACACAACUCACAGAGACUGAGCCCAAAUGGCUGCAGUUACAAACUUUGUUGUCGUAAUGAAGAGAGGAUAUUUGAAGGACGAAAGGGAAUAUUAAAAAGAAUAGACAUCCUACUGUUAUAACUCCAUUCAGCUGUCAGUAUUACAAUGUUAGAUGACCAGUUUUGUUUUGCCAUAGUUUGUUUGCAAGUCAAAGAAUAGAAGAUCUGCUACAAAAGCCACAACUAUGAAUGUUCAAAGUUGUUUUAUUUUUCAGUUUUAAUGUUUGUUUUUGUUUUUGUUUUAGGUUUGUUUUGUUUUGUUUGUUUUUUUGGCCAGCAGUGGAUAAUUUAUUCCGUUAACAACCAACGAUCCAUCUGAAUGUAAUUAUCUAAUUACAGAAUGCUAUAGGUAUUAAUUGUGAACUUUUCAGUCGUUCACUGCUAAAUUAAACUUAAACGAAUUUAAACUUGCACACCAGUACACAUCACUGUUGCCAGUACAAAGCUGUGUUGUUGUCUGAGAGCUUUCAGAGAGGUAAGAGAUAACAUUAUGACAUGAAAAACAAGCCACAGGAGUUUCCAUCUAUAUUGCAGAAACAUCAAGAAAUUCACAUUUACAAAUCCUGAUCGUAUAAUGCUAAUUCAGCCUCUCAUCUGAUGUCACUCGGUUAACUAAUUUAUACAGUAUGUAUUGUUUUUCUUUCUAUGCAUAUGUUUCUUUGUGUUUGUAGUGUUUUGGAGGGAAUUAUUAUUAUUAUUAUUUAGGUAUGCCCAUGUCACUAAAUGAUAAAACUGUAUUAGAAACAGUAUUUUGAUAGUGCCAUGUUUUCCUAAUAAUAACUGGGGCCAAGAUGGACGUCUAGAAUGGUUAUGAGUUACACUGUACAUAUAUGAACCCUUAAUAAUAGAUUAUUAAAACUUAAAAAAUUGUGUUUGUGGUCUAAAUACUUUAGUAAAUAUGAUAACCUGUGCUAAUUUAUUUUUGUGCCUUUUAUUUGCCACUGUCGUUAUACUCCUAUGCACAGUAAAAGUUGGACUCAGCGAUUUUUAUAUUUUUUAGCCUCCCGUGUAAAUCAUAUUUUGUUUGUAAGUAAAUUAUGUUCAUAGCAUCAAACUCGACAAAGAUGCAAUUUCAUAUUUCUGAUUGUUUCUCAUACCAAAAUCAGUCAUUAUAUAUAUAUUUUUUUUUACCUUCAUGCCAAUUUGUUUCAGAGGAAACUGGAUUUUUGACAUAUUUCUAUUGCUAAACAAUGGAUAUUAACCCUGCAGUUCUGUAUCGGGUGCUUCCAAGGGUAGAAUAUGAACCGAGUGGCCAAGCUCCAUGUAUAUUUCUCAAAACGCAUUAUUGUUUUGCAUCUACCUCUGAGCAGUUGCUUGUAUUUUAGUCUCUUGGUGCGAGACUUUUAUUUGGUAAUGUUUUAAUCCUGUUGUGAAUGUUAUUUAAGUGGGUUUCUGUGUAUUUGUGUUUCUCCCCUUUUUUUUUUUUUUUUUUUUAAACAUCAUCCGUUCACCAGGGUCGCUCUGAGGUCAACCACAGCUGCAAUACACACAUAGAUGAAGAAAAUUAUGUCUGUCCCUGCAACCACAUUUACAUACAUGUAUUAUUUGUACUUUGACCAGGAUUUUAUUGUUUUGUUGAUUUACAGCAAAUACCUUACUUUUUAAUAGACUAAUGGUCAUGAAAUAAACAUUGUUAUAUUUAUGUUAA